AUGGUUGACGGCAAACUGAAGGGCAAAGACUCUAAUCAGCAAAAGAAACGGAAAUUGAUGUUUGACGUUUUGGCCAGUGACAUCAUCAUCGAGAUCCUCAAACAUUUGUCCAAAAACACGAUCAUGAACUUCUUAUUAUGUGUGCUGUCAUGGGAUAUGGGUGACAACAACUGGCGAAUCGCUGAUGAUAUUAGAAGCUUCCUCUUCCGCCUAGUGUACGUGCUCCCGCCUGGGAAGGAAUACAACCCUGACUUGUCGACCGACUCCUCCGAUGACUGGCUUGUGCUCACCGAUACUCAGUACCACAAUCUCGUGCUCCACGGGUUUGAAUGGCCAAUGGGGCUUACCUUGAUUGAAGGGACGACGAGGAAGUCCUGGAAACGGUACCAUAAGGCAAACCCUAACUACAUGUCGGUAGAGAUCACUGCUAUUCCCCGCACAUCCCCCAAUUACUAUGAAGGACACUCAUCUCAAGCUGGCAUCCCUUCAAACUACACCGCAACCAAUAUCUUGGGAUUAAAGGGACCGCGAGUGUUUGACCACCUUAAACAAUUCCCCAAUUGCCAUCUUGAACGUUUGGUAAUCGAGGACUAUAUUGAAAAACCCAAGUACCCCAUGGAUAUCAGAGUGGACAGUCUCCAGCUUAACGGACGCCACCCGGGUAUUCACAAGAUUGUUGAUCUCGGCUCAGUGAAACAAUUAUCCAUUAUGACGCUUGGUGCCUACCACGACGAUGGAAUCCUCAAGUACCGCCUGCAAUUGACUCGAUUGACUGAUUUAUCCGUGCUUGCGGGUGUGGGGAUCCGUAACUACGAGUUCGAUAUGAUUUGUGGCCUUCCGAAAUCAGUACGGCAUUUGGUGGUAGUUGUGGACCACGUUUACGAAGAGUUCUUCCACGACGCGUUGACGAUUGCCGGGUUCUACCCGAAACUUGAACACCUAGAGUUGACGUGCCGCGUCGACUCGAUCACCUGGCCACGAGUACGUACGUGUGUGGCCAAACUCUCCCACUUUGAAUGGAUAGAGGUGGCGAGACAUAAGUUGACCAACUUAAAGACUAUGGUGUGGACGGAACAAGGGGCGAGAAACUAUACGUGGUUGACAAAUGUAUUAGUCAAUGACGACAACACCCUUAACGACGACGGUAACUCCAGCGACGACGUGGAGUAUGGAGGCUACUGGGCGAGUGAGGAAGAUCUGAGCGAUGACAUUAAUGACAAUCUGAGCAGUGACGACAAAGACGACGACGACGAAAAAGAGCUGGGCUGGGCUCUGUUUGACCAAGCAUUGACCCACUGGAUCACCACUGGGUUUUAA